CCCGGGCGGGCCGGCUGGCUGGGAAGAUGGCGGCGGGAGCCCGGGCCGCCGCCGCCGCCGCCGCCGCCGCCGCCGCAGGAGAGCGAACCCGGGGUGUCCGGGGUGCGCGGUCCAGCGCCGGGGCCGGGCCAUGAGCGCGCAGCCCUCGAGUCCCCGAGCCGCGGAGCCCGCCCGCGCCCCUCGGGCCGCCCCACAUCCCUCGCCAUGGCGCGGCUCGCGGACUACUUCGUGCUGGUGGCGUUCGGGCCGCACCCGCGCGGGAGUGGGGAAGGCCAGGGCCAGAUUCUGCAGCGCUUCCCGGAGAAGGACUGGGAAGACAACCCAUUCCCCCAGGGCAUCGAGCUGUUUUGCCAGCCUAGCGGGUGGCAGCUGUGUCCUGAGAGGAAUCCACCGACCUUCUUUGUUGCUGUCCUCACUGACAUCAACUCCGAGCGCCACUACUGCGCCUGCUUGACCUUCUGGGAGCCAGUGGAGCCUUCACAGCAGGAAACGACGCGCGAGGAGGAUGCCACAGAGAGGGAAGAGGAGGAUGAGGGAGGCCAGACCCACCUGUCUCCCACAGCGCCUGCCCCGUCUGCCCAGCUGUUUGCACCGAAGACGCUAGUACUGGUGUCUCGACUUGACCACACGGAGGUGUUCAGGAACAGCCUUGGCCUCAUCUAUGCCAUCCACGUGGAGGGCCUGAAUGUGUGCCUGGAAAACGUGAUUGGGAACCUGCUGACGUGCACUGUGCCCCUGGCUGGGGGCUCACAGAGGACGAUCUCUUUGGGGGCUGGUGACCGGCAGGUCAUCCAAACUCCACUGGCUGACUCGCUGCCCGUCAGCCGCUGCAGCGUGGCCCUGCUUUUCCGCCAGCUGGGCAUCACCAACGUGCUGUCUUUGUUCUGUGCCGCCCUCACGGAGCACAAGGUUCUCUUCCUGUCCCGGAGCUACCAGCGGCUCGCCGAUGCCUGUAGGGGCCUCCUGGCACUGCUGUUUCCUCUCAGAUACAGCUUCACCUAUGUGCCCAUCCUGCCGGCUCAGCUGCUGGAGGUCCUCAGCACACCCACGCCCUUCAUCAUUGGGGUCAACGCGGCCUUCCAGGCAGAGACUCAGGAGCUGCUUGACGUGAUCGUUGCUGAUCUGGAUGGAGGAACGGUGGCCAUCCCCGAGUGCGUGCACAUUCCACCCUUGCCAGAGCCGCUGCAGAGUCAGACACACAGUGUGCUGAGCAUGGUCCUGGACCCGGAACUGGAGUUGGCUGACCUCGCCUUCCCUCCACCCACGACGUCCACGUCCUCCCUGAAGAUGCAGGACAAGGAGCUGCGAGCCGUCUUUCUGCGGCUCUUCGCUCAGCUGCUGCAGGGCUAUCGCUGGUGCCUGCACGUCGUGCGCAUCCACCCAGAGCCUGUCAUCCGCUUCCAUAAGGCAGCCUUCCUGGGCCAGCGUGGGCUGGUGGAGGAUGAUUUCCUGAUGAAGGUGCUGGAGGGCAUGGCCUUUGCUGGCUUCGUGUCAGAGCGUGGGGUCCCGUACCGCCCCACGGACCUGUUCGAUGAGCUGGUGGCCCACGAGGUGGCACGGAUGCGGGCAGAUGAGAACCACCCCCAGCGUAUCCUGCGUCACGUCCAGGAACUGGCAGAGCAGCUCUACAAGAACGAGAACCCGUACCCAGCCGUGGCGAUGCACAAGGUACAGAGGCCCGGUGAGAGCAGCCACCUGCGACGGGUGCCCCGGCCCUUCCCCCGGCUGGAUGAGGGCACCGUGCAGUGGAUCGUGGACCAGGCUGCGGCCAAGAUGCAGGGUGCACCCCCAGCUGUGAAGGCCGAGAAGAGGACCACUGUGCCCUCAGGGCCCCCCAUGACUGCCAUACUGGAGCGAUGCAGCGGGCUGCAUGUCAACAGCGCCCGGCGGCUGGAGGUCGUGCGCAACUGCAUCUCCUACGUGUUUGAGGGGAAAAUGCUUGAGGCCAAGAAGCUGCUCCCUGCCGUGUUGAGGGCCCUGAAGGGGCGAGCUGCUCGCCGCUGCCUUGCCCAGGAGCUGCACCUGCAUGUGCAGCAGAACCGUGCGGUCCUGGACCACCAGCAGUUUGACUUUGUCGUCCGUAUGAUGAACUGCUGCCUGCAGGACUGCACUUCUCUGGAUGAGCAUGGCAUUGCAGCUGCUCUGCUGCCUCUGGUCACAGCCUUCUGCCGGAAGCUGAGCCCGGGGGUGACGCAGUUCGCGUACAGCUGUGUGCAGGAGCACGUGGUGUGGAGUACGCCACAGUUCUGGGAGGCCAUGUUCUAUGGGGACGUGCAGACUCACAUCCGGGCCCUCUACUUGGAGCCCACCGAGGACCCGGCCCCUGCCCAGGAGGUUGGGGAGGCACCUUCCCAGGAGGAUGAGCGCUCUGCCCUGGAUGUGGCUUCUGAGCAGCGGCGCCUGUGGCCAACCCUGAGCCGUGAGAAGCAGCAGGAGCUGGUGCAGAAGGAGGAGAGCACGGUGUUCAGCCAGGCCAUCCACUAUGCCAACCGCAUGAGCUACCUCCUCCUGCCCCUGGACAGCAGCAAGAGCCGCCUACUUCGGGAGCGCGCUGGGCUGGGCGACCUGGAGAGCGCCAGCAACAGCCUGGUCACCAACAGCAUGGCUGGCAGCGUGGCUGAGAGCUAUGACACGGAGAGUGGCUUUGAGGACGCAGAGACCUGUGACGUGGCUGGGGCUGUGGUCCGCUUCAUCAACCGCUUUGUGGACAAGGUCUGCACGGAGAGUGGGGUCACCAGCGACCACCUCAAGGGGCUGCAUGUCAUGGUGCCAGACAUCGUCCAGAUGCACAUCGAGACCCUGGAGGCCGUGCAGCGGGAGAGCCGGAGGCUGCCGCCCAUCCAGAAGCCCAAGCUGCUGCGGCCGCGCCUGCUGCCCGGUGAAGAGUGUGUGCUGGACGGCCUGCGCGUCUACCUGCUGCCGGAUGGGCGUGAGGAGGGUGCGGGGGGCAGUGCUGGGGGACCAGCAUUGCUCCCAGCUGAGGGCGCCGUCUUCCUCACCACGUACCGGGUCAUCUUCACAGGGAUGCCCACGGACCCCCUGGUUGGGGAGCAGGUGGUGGUCCGUUCCUUCCCGGUGGCUGCGCUGACCAAGGAGAAGCGCAUCAGCGUCCAGACCCCUGUGGACCAGCUCCUGCAGGACGGGCUGCAGCUGCGCUCCUGCACAUUCCAGCUGCUGAAAAUGGCCUUUGAUGAGGAGGUGGGGUCUGACAGUGCCGAGCUCUUCCGCAAGCAGCUGCAUAAGCUGCGGUACCCGCCAGAUGUCAGGGCCACCUUCGCAUUCACUCUGGGCUCUGCCCACACACCUGGCCGGCCCCCACGAGUCACCAAGGACAAGGGUCCUUCCCUCAGAACCCUGUCCCGGAACCUGGUCAAGAACGCCAAGAAGACUAUUGGGCGGCAGCAUGUCACUCGUAAGAAGUACAACCCCCCCAGCUGGGAGCACCGGGGCCAGCCGCCCCCCGAGGACCAGGAGGACGAGAUCUCAGUGUCGGAGGAGCUGGAGCCCAGCACGCUGACCCCGUCCUCAGCCCUGAAGCCCUCCGACCGCAUGACCAUGAGCAGCCUGGUGGAAAGGGCUUGCUGCCGCGACUACCAGCGCCUCGGCCUGGGCACCCUGAGCAGCAGCCUGAGCCGGGCCAAGUCUGAGCCCUUCCGCAUUUCUCCAGUCAACCGCAUGUACGCCAUCUGCCGCAGCUACCCAGGGCUGCUGAUUGUACCCCAGAGUGUCCAGGACAACGCCCUGCAGCGCGUGUCCCGCUGCUACCGCCAGAACCGCUUUCCCGUGGUCUGCUGGCGCAGCGGGCGGUCUAAGGCAGUACUGCUGCGCUCUGGUGGCCUGCAUGGCAAAGGUGUCGUCGGCCUUUUCAAGGCCCAGAACGCACCUUCUCCAGGCCAGUCCCAGGCGGACUCGAGUAGCCUGGAGCAGGAGAAGUACCUGCAGGCCGUGGUCAGCUCCAUGCCCCGCUACGCGGACGCGUCGGGACGCAACACGCUUAGCGGCUUCUCCUCAGCCCACAUGGGCAGUCAUGUUCCCAGCCCCAGAGCCAGGGUCACCACGCUGUCCAACCCCAUGGCGGCCUCGGCCUCCAGACGGACCGCACCCCGAGGUAAGUGGGGCAGUGUCCGGACCAGUGGGCGCAGCAGUGGCCUUGGCACUGAUGUGGGCUCCCGGCUGGCUGGCAGAGACGCACUGGCCCCACCCCAGGCCAACGGGGGCCCUCCCGACCCGGGCUUCCUGCGGCCGCAGCGAGCAGCCCUCUACAUCCUUGGGGACAAAGCCCAGCUUAAGGGUGUGCGGCCAGACCCCCUACAGCAGUGGGAGCUGGUGCCCAUUGAGGUAUUUGAAGCACGGCAGGUGAAGGCUAGCUUCAAGAAGCUGCUGAAGGCAUGUGUCCCAGGCUGCCCCGCUGCUGAGCCCAGCCCAGCCUCCUUCCUGCGCUCGCUGGAAGACUCGGAGUGGCUGAUCCAGAUCCACAAGCUGCUGCAGGUGUCUGUGCUGGUGGUGGAGCUCCUGGAUUCAGGCUCCUCUGUGCUGGUGGGCCUGGAGGACGGCUGGGACAUCACCACCCAGGUGGUAUCCUUGGUGCAGCUGCUCUCAGACCCCUUCUACCGCACGCUGGAGGGCUUCCGCCUGCUGCUGGAGAAGGAGUGGCUGUCCUUCGGUCACCGCUUCAGCCACCGUGGGGCCCACACCCUGGCUGGGCAGAGCAGUGGCGUCACACCCAUCUUCCUGCAGUUCCUGGACUGCGUGCACCAGGUCCAUCUGCAGUUCCCCAUGGAGUUUGAGUUCAGCCAGUUCUACCUCAAGUUCCUCGGCUACCACCAUGUGUCCCGCCGUUUCCGGACCUUCCUGCUCGACUCUGACUAUGAGCGCAUUGAGCUGGGGCUGCUGUACGAGGAGAAGGGGGAACGCAGGGGCCAGCUGCCGUGCAGGUCUGUGUGGGAGUACGUGGACCGACUGAGCAAGAGGACGCCUGUGUUCUACAAUUACAUGUAUGCGCCCGAGGACACGGAGGUCCUGCGGCCCUACAGUAACGUGUCCAACCUGAAGGUGUGGGACUUCUACACUGAGGAGACGCUGGCAGAGGGCCCUCCCUAUGAUUGGGAACUGGCCCAGGGGCCCCCCGAGCCCCCAGAGGAAGAACGGUCUGAUGGAAGCGCUCCCCAGAGCCGGCGCCGUGUGGUGUGGCCCUGCUACGACAGCUGCCCACGGGCCCAGCCUGACGCCAUCUCACGCCUGCUGGAGGAACUGCAGAGGCUGGAGACAGAGUUGGGCCGACCCGCUGAACGCUGGAAGGACACCUGGGACCGGGUGAAGGCUGCACAGCGCCUCGAAGGCCGGCCAGACGGACGUGGCACCCCUAGCUCCCUCCUGGUGUCCACCGCACCCCACCACCGCCGCUCGCUGGGUGUGUACCUGCAGGAGGGGCCCGUGGGCUCCACCCUGAGCCUCAGCCUGGACAGCGACCAGAGUAGUGGCUCAACCGCAUCCGGCUCCCGCCAGGCUGCCCGCCGCAGCACCAGCACCCUGUACAGCCAGUUCCAGACAGCUGAGAGUGAGAACAGGUCCUACGAGGGCACUCUGUACAAGAAGGGGGCCUUCAUGAAGCCUUGGAAGGCCCGCUGGUUCGUGUUGGACAAGACCAAGCACCAGCUGCGUUACUAUGACCACCGUGUGGACACAGAGUGCAAGGGUGUCAUCGACCUGGCGGAGGUGGAGGCUGUGGCACCUGGCACGCCCACCAUGGGUGCCCCUAAGACUGUGGACGAGAAGGCCUUCUUUGACGUGAAGACAACGCGUCGCGUUUACAACUUCUGUGCCCAGGAUGUGCCCUCGGCCCAGCAGUGGGUGGACCGGAUCCAGAGCUGCUUGUCGGACGCCUGAGCCUCCCGGCCCUGCCCGGCUGCUCUGCUUCCAGUCGUUACUGACCACUAGGGGUGGGCAGGGCCGCCCCGGCCAUGUUUACAGCCCCGGCCCUCGACAGUAUUGAGGCCCCGAGCCCCCAGCACUUGUGUGUACAGCCCCCGUCCCUGCCCCGCCCCGCCCGGCCGGCCCUAACUUAUUUUGGCAUCACAGCUGAGCACCGUGCCGGGAGGUGGCCAAGGUACAGCCCGCAAUGGGCCUGUAAAUAGUCCAGCCAGCGGCUGCAGGCGAGUUUCUAGAACCAGAGUCUAUAUAAAGAGAGAACUAACGCCA